AUGACCAUGGCUAUGAAGGCGAUUAUACUCGUUCUUCUCUGGGGAUUUGUACAAGGACAAUCUUCGUCUUGUGAAGUAACUCAUCCAGACACCUGUGAACGCCUGUCCAGCUUGGAGAGCAGUUUUGAAAGCUUCUGUCGUAAUUUUAACUCGCUGCGCUCUAAUGGAGUGCAUCGGGAAACCGUAUGCGCUCUGGAUAAUAUUCGUUGUCAGCUUGUCGAUCAAGGCAUUCUUCCCAACCAGUAUCCCUUGACCGUAGCUCAAGAAAGGUGUGCUGACCCCUUGAAGCGUUUUGACCCAGAGUGUGCUUACGCCCUGUUUUUUAAAAUCACAAUGUCCAACCCCUUUUUCAUUCGCGUCAGAGAAGACACCAUUCGCGCCGUCUAUGUUGAUAUAUGGCUUUUGCACCCUCUGCUGAGAAGCAGGUGCGGGGCAGUUCUCAAUCAAGAAAGUAACGAUGCAAAGUCCAGGCUGGCCGCAGGUCUGUCAGAGGUUAGAAGAGGCGAAAAUCCUUACGCUAAAGUUUUGUACGGACGGGAUGGGCAGUUUCUCAGAGAGGGAAUAGAGGCAUCCUGUGUAAACAAUCCUCUGGCAGACCAAAUAUUUUGUCCAGCUUUGCCUCAACUUGUGAAAUUGGUUAAUACCCUAGAAAUGGUUAAAUGGGAAUUCGAGAGGAGUUUCAAAUGGAGUGCUUAUCGAUUGCACUUUUUGAUGUUAAAGCACAUUUAUCCAGAAGAAUUCGAAACGGUUUACCCAACAACUACCGAGCAAGUUAGCGAACUUAUUGUCAAUAACUUAGAGAAGAUUUUUGAGUACAUUAAUAACGGGCAAAUAGAUGAUUUGACUGAUGAGUGGAUCCCGUUGGUACCAGAUUUAACAACAAUCAAAUCAGGUUGCGAAACAGCGUGGGCCCUUCCAAGUAACGUGAAGAAGAGUGAAUGUAUGUUUUGGAAAGCCAUCGUCCAGCUAGAAGCCUUUAGAAAAUCACGGCUCUCUCCAGCAAGUGGCAAGGUUAUCAAGAUGCUCAACACUAACAUCGAUUAUAAAAGCUUCCUAGCACUGACCGAAAUGGAUAGGAUUCUUCAAGUCGUUGAAAAUCAAGAAACUGCAUUGCAAGAGCUUAGCCAGUUGGUGACAAGUGAGGUGUCUAAAACAGUUAACGAACGGUUUAAUGGCCUUCGAACGUAUUUCACUAAAGUUGAAACCUUCAACCGCGAAAAGGCAAAUGCUGAUGUCGAGUUUAUCAACGGAAGGUUAAACAAGUACAAAUCCAAUAUUGAGACUCUGAGCACUGAGUUGGGGAAUCAAGUUGGAAAACUUAUCGAUUAUGCAAUAGCAGCCGUUUCGCUUGAACUUGCAGAGGAUGCAGCACAGUGUGUACUGGCAGCUGCUGUUGUUAUGAAUCCCCUUGAAAAGCUUUUUGGUGGUUCCAGUGCUGGAGAUUAUAUCGAUCGACAGGCAAAACUAGCCGACACCUUAACCCUGGUUGGGGAGAUGAUAAGGAGAGAGAGGGUCUUUAACGAGCUCGUUAAUGAUGCAAAGGACAUUCGAAGAAGAUUGAAUAAUAACGCCCAAUUUCUUGAAGACGUGCGAAUAAUCCUUGAUGGCAUCCAAAAGGGUACUUCAGCAGAUGACUUUGCAUCGAUAAAACAAAAGUUUCUUGAUGAUUACAAGGCUUAUGACCCACAAGUUGAGAAACCCGAAUUGUCAGCCAUGACAGGAAAAUGGGAAGAAAUGAUUGAAGGGACCUGUCAGGUCAUAUUAGAAUGCACAACUAAUCUUUGCGCAGGUCCUAAAGCAAUAGUUAGAGGCCAAGGUUUAUGUCCCAAAGCAAAGGCAAAAGCACAAGAAAUGAUCGCCACUUAUGAGGAGAUAUAUGACUUUCAGUUUGAGCUUAUUGAAUCCAUGGCAACCUCCAUGAGAGCAGCGGUCUCCCUAGAUGCUGCCUCGAGCAUCACUGGUGAUUACGAUGCCCUUACCAGCGAAGCUGAGGUUGAUGCAAACGUUGUUAACGAUCUCAAGACACUCACUAUAGUCUCCUACAUUUCGUACAAAAUCAACAUCUGGAGGAUUGUGGAAGACUAUUGUAACAUACUGGAGUACCAAAGAGGAGGAACACGACCUAGUGUUUGCAACGGGGUUAACACUGAAAUUGCAAGUCUCGCUUCUUUCGUUAUUCCACCUUGCAGAGAAGUACACGAUUACAGAGAAGUUCCAAUCGCUUCUAAUGGCAACCUGGCGUUUAUGAGUCUCGGCGAUUUGUAUGCUGGCAAGCCCGUUACUUUCCAGAUACCAGACAGUCAGUGGUUGGUUGACAAUCGAUGGAUCAACUCAGGCGACCAAAAUGCAGCGAUAUUUGUGAAGCAGUUCGUUGUUUUUCUUCCAACUGUUAGCCCAACAGAAAGGGAAGUACGAGUGGAAGCUAAAGUAAGUGGAGAAAAUCAACAUUCCCCACCAGAUGGAACACGGUAUGUUAUCGUGCGAGUUCCCGAGAAAAAGUUCAUUUUUGAUUAUCGUGAGGGUCACAGUGCUGUAUGCAGACGGGAUAGCGAUAAAUUAACAAACCCAUAUGGGUCUUCUUUGCCAAAAAUUUGCCCUUUAAAUGAAGAUCAGAACAGCUGCCAAGAGCUUUUAGAGAGGACGCCAUUGUUCCCUUCAGUAUACUCCAAAUGGCAAGUUUCCAUAUCUGGAUACGAAUCAGUACAAGUUCCAGAACCUGCUUCUAACUUUAAGCUGAAAGUUGACACAAAGCUCUGCUUCAUGGAACGACCAAGCAAAGACAAGGGGAAGAAGAACAAGUUUAAAAGGAAGAAGAAAUUAAUUCUAACAAAGAGGAAGAAGACGAAGUAUCAUGGUCCGACUAAUUGUCCUGAUGGUCAUUUCUGGUCGGGAGACUCGGGUGUUUGUGCUAAGUGCCCCAAAGGGUCCAAAUCCGCCUUACAUGGUUAUUAUUGCGAGAAGAUUCCGAAGAAAAACUGA